AUGCUGCAGCGCCACUGGAGAUCCUACUACAAGCACGUGCUGCUUCUCGCGUACCAGAGCUGCGGCGUGGUGUAUGGCGACCUGAGCACGUCGCCUCUGUACGUGUACAAGAGCACAUUCUCCGGCUCGCUCCGGCGCUUCGAGGACGAGGAGACCAUCUUCGGCGUCUUCUCCCUCGUCUUCUGGACCAUCACCCUCAUCCCUCUUCUCAAGUACGUCUUCAUCGUCCUCAGCGCCGACGACAACGGCGAAGGGGGCACGUUCGCGCUCUACUCACUACUGGUACGGCAUGCCAAGUUCAGCCUGAUGCCCAACCAGCAGGCCGCCGACGAGGAGCUCUCCACCUACUACAAGCCAGGCUACUCGGCGCAGGAUACGCCCAUCCUGAGGGCGCUUAGGCACUUCCUCGAGAAGCACAGCAAGUCGCGCACGUUCCUGCUCCUCAUGGUCCUCUUCGGCGCCUCGCUGGUCAUCGGUGAUGGCGUCCUCACGCCGGCCAUGUCCGUGCUCUCGUCCUUCUCUGGAUUGCAAGGAGUACUUCUUGGAGCAAUUAACCCAGGUGAGGUGGUGAUCAUGUCAUGCAUUGUGCUGGUGUGCCUCUUCACCCUGCAGCAGUGGGGGACGCAGCGCGUCGCCUUCUUGUUCGCGCCUGUCGUGAUCGUCUGGCUCCUCUGCUUGGGAGGGAUCGGCAUCUACAACAUCGUCGUGUGGAACCCCAGGGUUUUCUACGCGCUCUCUCCGACGUACCUUGUCAGGUUCUUCCUAAGGACCGGCAAAGAAGGCUGGAUUGCACUUGGAGGAGUGCUACUCUCCAUGACAGGCACAGAAGCUAUGUUUGCAGAUCUGGGUCACUUCACAGCCACAUCCAUAAGGGUAGCCUUUGUUGGCCUGAUCUAUCCGUGCUUGGUGCUGCAGUACAUGGGGCAGGCGGCCUUCCUGUCCAAAACUCCAGACUGCGACAUCCACUUCAUAUUCUUCCAGUCCAUACCCAGGACCUUGUUCUGGCCGGUGUUGGUGAUCGCGACGCUAGCGGCGAUCGUGGGAAGCCAGGCAGUGAUCUCGGCCACCUUCUCCAUCGUGCGGCAGUGCACUGCACUGGGCUGCUUCCCGCGUGUCAAGAUCGUCCACACGUCCAACCGCAUCCACGGUCAGAUCUAUAGCCCCGAGAUCAACUGGAUCCUCAUGCUCGUGUGUCUCGCCGUCACGGUCGGCUUCCGCGACACCAUGCUCAUCGGUAACGCGUACGGAAUGGCGUGCGCCGGUGUGAUGGUGGUGACCACGCUCCUCAUGUCGAUGGUGAUCGUCUUUGUGUGGCAACAGGGCUUCAUCCUGGCGACGCUCUUCCUGUUGGCCUUUGGCGUCGUGGAGGCGGCGUACCUGUCGGCGGCCCUGAUGAAGGUGCCACAGGGCGGGUGGCUGCCGCUGGCACUGUCACUCGUGUUCGUGGCUAUCAUGUACGUGUGGCACUACGGCACGCGAUUAAAGCACACGUUCGACGUGCAGAACAAGGUGUCCCUGAGGUGGAUCCACGCGCUGGGUCCCAGCCUCGGCAUCGUGCGCGUGCCCGGCAUCGGCCUCAUCUACAGCGAGCUCGCCACCGGCGUGCCGGCAGUGUUCUCGCACUUCGUCACCAACCUUCCGGCGUUCCACCAGGUGCUCGUCUUCGUGUGCGUCAAGGCCGUGCCCAUCCCACACGUCCGGCCGGAGGAGCGGCACCUGGUGGGCCGCGUCGGCCCGCGCGACUUCCACAUGUACCGCUGCGUCGUCCGGUACGGCUACAAGGACGUGCUCGGCGACGACAGCGACUUCGAGAACGACCUCGUGCUCCGCAUCGCCGAGUUUGUGCAGAUGGAGGCAGCCGAGGCCGCCGAGAACGCCAACCGCAACAGCGACGGCGCCGCGUCGGUUGAGGGCAGGAUGACCGUGAUCACGCGCCCAAGCGACCUCGCACGUACGGGGCUCCUGGUACGGGAGCCAUUAAUGGACGGUGAGGAGAGCGUGGUGGUGCGCGCGGCCACGGCUGCCGCGGACGUGCACAAGUCGGAUACGCUCCAGUCGCUGCAAAACAUGUACGAGCCCGAGUCGCCGGGGUUUGCCAACCAACGUCGUGUCCGGUUCGAGAUCUCGGAGAUGGCGGGCGAGUACGUGGACCCGAGGGUGAAGGAGGAGCUGAGCGUGAUCGUGGAGGCCAAGCACGCCGGCGUGGCAUACAUCAUGGGGCACUCGUACAUCAAGGCAAGGAAGAGCUCCAACGUGUUUAAGAAGUUCGCCAUCGAUGUGGCAUACAACUUCCUCCGGAAAAACAGCAGGGGCCCCGCCGUGGCGCUCAACAUACCGCAUAUCAGCCUCAUCGAAGUAGGCAUGAUCUACUAUGUAUAA